AUGGAACUUGAAAAUAUUGUCGCGAACACAGUUUAUUUGAAAGCACGCGAAGGUGAGCUGAGUGUAACGUAUUUUCCAAAUUGCCCUCGCCAAGCAGGCCUCGGUCAUUAUCCCGGUUCGCUGAUAUUGUAAUAGGAAUCAAAGAACCACCAUUCUAUAUUUGCAAACUAUUUUACAUGAUGUUCAAAGCCAUUUACCAAAUGCAUAUAGUAUUCGGUUCUUAAAUUGUUGCUCUGUAUGAAUUAACUCUACCUCAUGCAUAUGCAGGCAAACAUUCUUCUUAAGUCUUAGUCUUAAGCAUGAAUCAUAAUGACUUAUUAGAUGCAUCACAAUCAUUGUGAGUGACAAUGAUGAUCAAUGACACACUUUUUUUGUUUUUGGCAACUCUUCUGUCUCUAUCAGUCCCUGUGAUAGUAUCUUAGCAUGAAUAUUUUAGGCUGUAAGGUAAUGGUUAAAUAGUAUUAAAAGUUAGUGUAAAAAUACUAAUAGUAAAUAUACUUUCUCUGUUGUCUCUAGACCAGGCCUCCUGCACAACAUACGGCCCGCGAAGUAUCGAAAUAUUCUUUAUUCUAAUUUUUUCUUAAUAGCUCCCCCCCCUGUCCUAUUUUCUUUUGGCCCGCAAGCGUUUUUCAUAAAGCGUUACGGUCCGCCUUACAGGCCUGCUCUAGACCAUCUAUCAAAUUAUUCUAAUGCUUUUGUUUAGUCAGGCCUGGUUGAUUUUGGGUUAGCGGCCACGGAGGUUCCCCCAGGUCAACUUCCGUCUACAGCGACAUACAAAAAAGAUUUCGAUGUUUGUAUUCAUAUAAUGAAAUGAAAGCAAGUUUUUGUUCUCUUUUUGAAACUGGGGAGUGGGUCUCCUCUUCCCAGUCCCUAGAUCAUUCCAAAUGCAUUUUAACAUGCAAGUGUUUCGAUUUUCAACUAAUCAAAAUACAGCAGACUUUGGCACGCAUCUUUUUUUUCACUGGUGUUGGGUCUUGGGGUAUCAGCAAGGAUGUUUUUAUUUUUUACUUUCUUUUGAAACGUGUAAGUUGAAUUUUAAUACAAAUUAAUGGAAAAUUUCAUUUUAAUAUACUUAUAUUAACCGUAUCGUUUAUGACGCGAGUAAUGCCCAGUGAAGAACAGGAAUAUUAUCACAAAAAUUGUUCAGGUCCUGCAAUUAAUAGGUCUAUUGACCCAAAGUCCAGUGUUGGGAUUCCCCAAAGUGACGUCACUGCGCUUAGGGUGAGACAACUCUUGGCAAAACCCAUACCGUUAACCUAAAAUUUACCACCAGGCCUAGUCUCAUGAGUUGUCAGAGUUGAGUACCCAGAUAAGUAUACCAAAUACAAUUGUUUAAUUAGGCUAAUCGUAAUAAAAAAAAAUUAAUGUAAAAAAGCAAGACAAAAUACAAAAUGAUAUGCAUGGUCAUUCUCAGUUCGAUAAAUUAUAGUAUGUAUGGCAUCUUUCCGUCUGGGGGAGACGAUAGAUUAUCUUUAUUGCUUGCAGCUCUUGGUGUGGCUGGUGAGACCAAUCCUUGAAUGGCAGUCUCUGUUACAUUUCCCACACACGAAUGCGGUGGAGCAGUAUUUACCGGCCUUCCUCCUCGCUCUUUUUGCAGCUGUUUCCGCCCUGUUUUGAUCCUCGGCAUGUAGUGAUCCUGCCUUCACGAUGCCCCGCCAUGAGGAUCGAUCCUCUGCCAACUCCUCCCAGUUUGAGAUGUCGAUGUUAGAGGACUUCAUGUCUCUUUUGCAUAUGUCUAAGUAUCUCAGACGAGGCCGUCCAACUGACCUUUUCCCUGUCGCCAGCUCGCUGUAUAGCACGUCCUUUGGUAUGCGACCAGAUUGCAUUCGCUUGACGUGUCCAAGCCAGCGGAGGCGUCUUUGGAUUAACAUGGCUGGGACGCUACACAUGUUUGUUUGGGACAGGACAUCCGUGUUGGGGACUUUGUCUUGCCAUUUAAUGUCAAGGAUGGGGCGCAGGCAUCUGAGGUGGAAGCCAUUGAGCCUUCUUUCGUGUUUAGAGUAUGUGGUCCACGACUCGCAUCCAUACAGAAGUGUGCUCAGUACGCAGGCCUGGUACACCUGCAGCUUAGUUCUUGUUGUUAGUUUGGCGUUUGACCAGACUCUUUUCUUCAGUCUGGCCAUAACAGUUGCGGCCUUCCCUAUCCUCCCACUUAUCUCAUCCUCCAUUGAGAGGGUGCUCGAUAUGUUGGAUCCCAGAUAUAAUGUAGGCCUAAUAAUAAGUGAAUAGUUCAGAAUAGAAUCGUGCCUAAGCAUCGGCAUGGUCAUAGGCAUAGGCUUAAAUAAAAUUCAUCUUAUAUUAAUAAGUUAAUAAGUAGGCCUACCUAAGCCUACAGAGAGUUUGUCAUUGUGUUGCCUAUUAGGUUUGCUCAGUGUAAAUUUGCUCUGAGGAGCCAAAGCAAGGAGGAAAGGAAUUUAAGGCUAAAGUAGUGUUCAAAAGGUUAAUGUAACAAAUCUAUACAAAAACACUGCAAGUUUUGCAUGUGUUACAUAAAUGAUAAGUUGAAGUUUUAUUUUUAUAAAGGCCUAUAAAAUACCUCUAUUUCUUUGUGGGUGAGAUCAUAGCCUUAUACUUGUUUGUAUUAUAAUGAACAUUGAAAGUGCGGAUUGAUUUCCCCCCCCCCCUCCCCCCCCAAAGCACAUUAAAAUAAAUCUCUCUCUUAGCUUGUAUUGAAAUGAAAAAUGAAAUCAUAUGACCUUAUAAAUUACCUAAUCCUAACUGUCACGAUUGGCUGUUUCCUCAUAUCCACCCUUGCCUGUCAUUCUCUCCCCCUCCUCCCCAAUCAUCAUAGGAAUUUAAAAUAAAAUAUUUCUUUAUUACAAUUACAGAGCUACUUUAUUUGUGGGUAGAAAGAGUAAAAAUUUAUAAUUCAUAAUGUAGACCAGAAGAAAAAGUAAGCGCCCCAUGCAUACAAAAUAUUCACUCCAAAAAUUUGCCUCUGAUCUGGGAUUACCACCAAGAAAUGUGAAACCUUGAACAGACAACUUUGUGUAUGCGAUCAUGAGUUAAAAUAUUUUCAUUUUAUAUUUAACAGUUUAUAUUAGUGGUAAUCUAAAGAAAAUUUUUUGAAUUCAUAAAAGGUUCUAUAGAAUUGUCUUGGAGAAAGCUUCAGCUGUUUCAGGCGUUGCUUUAUUUAAGUCAUUGCAUGAUGCACAGACUAUUUAAUUUUGAAUAGCAUGGGGAAGGUGAAAAAAAUGUAUGAUAACUGCAGAGCGACUACCUAUCCAUCCCUGCUGUGCUACAGUCCAUGUAGGGCUUUGGCCUUCCUCAUCACAUCUUGCCACUCAGACCUAUUCUUGGAUUCCCAGCUGCUGUAGAUGUUUUCCCACAUUAUCUAUCCAUCUAAGCCUAGAUCUGCCUUUGAGCUGUUUUCCUCUAGGGUUUUGUGGUGCAACCUUUUCACUCCUCUGUAAUUUGGCAUUCUUUCUAAGUGUCCUACCCAGGGUAGCCUGUCCUUUUUCCUUUCUGCUAUUAGUGUGGGAUCUUGAUAUAGUCUUUACAAUUCCUGGUUGGUUUGUAUUCCCCAUUCAUAUUCAUCCUUUGUUCAUCCAUAUACUUUCCUAGGAACAAUUCUCUCACAUUUGUUUAAUAUAUUUGCUGCCGUUUUAGUUAGGUCCAAAUUUCAAUUUGCCGUAUGUUCCAACUGGUCUGAUUACAGUUUAAUAUUAAUAUUAGGGGUCUUACAUAGUUUUCGUUGGUUUUCGUGUAAUGUUUGUACUUUUGAGUAUUUUGUGACUACUGAAGUAUGUCCUGUUUCUGGCUAAUAUUCUUUCUUUUAUUUCUGUUAGUAAUUCAUUUUUUUUCAUUUAUUAAGGAUCCUAGGUAUUUGAAUUGAUGUUCUUUGUCAAAUGUGUGGUUUCUAAUGGUUUCAUAUAUGGUAGUCUUCUCUUAGCUUAGUCAGGUCGUUUGUUUUUUGAUUAACUUCCAGCCCUGCUUGUAGUAAUGCAUCUUCUAUUUCAAUAAAAGCUUUUAAAAUGCCUUUGCUACUUUCCCCCUAACUGUGCUAUGUCAUCAGCAUAUGCAAGAUACUGAAGCAUUGUUAGUAGAGUGUGUCCAUUGGUUGUGGGUCUUUGGCUUCCCUAAAAAUGUAUCCUGUUAUUGUUCCUCGAGUGUCAAUAUGUAAGCUUCUUAUAAUUCUCUGUUAGGUUAAAACGCUUACAAGAUAGUGAGUCUCCUUGUCUUAGGCCUCGUCUAAUCUGAAAUUCCCUUGAAUAUUCUCCCUGAACCUUGAUUUUGCUUGAAUGUUAUAUGUAACAGUCUUGUCAGUUUGUUGGGAAUGCCAAACUCCUGCAGAGUCUUCUAAAGAUAUUUUCUUUUGAUGCUGUCAUAGGCCAUUUUAUAGUCCAAAUAGAGUUUCACUGGGAUAUUAUAUUCGUAACAUUUCUAUAAUAGGCAUCUGAUGGUGAAAAUCUGAUCAGUUGUUGAUCUGUUCUGUCUGAUUACACAUUGGUAUUCACCUAGUAUAUGUUUGGUUCACGGUUGUAGUCUUUUGGCACUUAGUUUUGUCAGUAUUUUGUAUGUAACAUUUAAUAGGGAAAUUCAUCUAUAGUUUGUGCAUUGAAGUUUGGAAACUUUCUUGACUUUUGGGGGCUAUUAGUGCUUCCCAUUCUAUUGCAAUUUUCUCUUCUUGCCAAAUUUUAGUUAUAAGUUUAUGUGUCUGAGGGUGUAGUUCUCUUCCUCCAUAUUUAAUAAGUUCUGCUGUGAUGAGGUCUUCUCUGGGGGCUUUGUGGUUUUUUAAUAGAAUUGAUUAUUUCUGUAGUUUAUUUCAAAGUUGGGGAGUUAAAGGUUCUGGUCCUCCAUGUGGUGGUUGUUUAUCUUCAUCUUGUCUGUUGACUGCAUUAAGUAUGCCCUCAAAAUAUUCAGCACUUUAAUAUUUCCAUAAUUAAUUCUCCAUCAUUGCUCUCACACAUUUGAGGUCUGGCUUGGUAUCCAUUCUUGUCCUCUUUUAUCUUCUUGUACAGUCCUAUAAUAUUUCCCUCUCUUGAUAUGUCUUCUAUUUCUUUAAGUUUACUUUUUCCCAUUCCCUUUUUUCUUCUCUUUUUGUGGCUCUUUGGUAAGUGUUUAGUAAUUGUAUUAUUUUUCUUGUUGAUUUUGGCCAUUGUGAAUUAUGCUCAUUUUCUGCUUAUAUUUAACCCUUGCAAGUAGAUGGUCAGUCUGCAUCUGCUCCUCAAUAGCUUCUUACAUCUAGUAUGUUUGACCCAUGCCUCCAAUCAAUUAGCGCAUGAUCAGUUUGGUUAUGAGUGUUUCCAUCUGGUCAGUUCCAAGUAACUUUAUGUAUAUUUUUGUGUGGAAACUUGGUGCUGCUGUCAUUCCUUUUCGUUAAGCAAAGUUUAUGAAUCAGAUCCCAGUCUGAUUGGAUUAUUUAUUUAGACUCUACUUGCCAAUAGUUUGCCGGGCAAAGACUACGUAUUUUAGCCAAAAGAUAACUAUGGGUAAAACCAGCAGGCAGUUGUUUGAUGUUUGUGGUCACCUUAGGGGGAGUAACAAAGGAACUGCGCUUCCUUCGGUGUUUCCCCUGCCCAAGCAACCAGAUAUUUUCUGUAAUUUCUUUACAAGCAAAGUAGCUGACAUUCGAGCUGAGCUUGAUCGUCUUGAUGCCCCUCCCCUUGAAUUGCCUCCUUUCCCUUGUCUUACUUCCCAUUUUAAUAUUUUUAAACCUGUUUCAGAACUUGAGGUAAAAAAUAUAAUCCUAAAAUCUAAACAUACGUCAUGUUAUUUGGAUCCCAUCCCAACCCCCCUGUUGGUUGAGUCAUUAGAUAUCUUGCUCCCAACAAUAACCCGCAUAAUAAAUGAAAGCUUAUAUUCUGGCACUGUUCCGCCUCUUUGCAAAUCAGCUGUCAUCAAACCAUUGCUUAAGAAGCCCGGUCUGGAUGAAAAUAAUUUAAAAAACUAUAGACCUGUAUCUAACUUAUCAUUUUUAUCUAAAGUUAUUGAAAAACUAGUCCUAAAACAACUUUUUGCUUACUUAAAUGAUCACUCUCUUCUCAGUUCUAAUCAGUCGGCCUAUAGACAUUUCCAUAGCACGGAGACAGCUCUCUUGAGAGUCAGUAAUGACCUCUUGCGCGCAAUGGACAGCGGUAAUGUCUCCAUUUUGAUCCUCUUAGACCUCAGUGCGGCCUUUGACACUGUUGACCAUGAAAUCCUUUUCAAAACCCUUGAAAACUACUUUGGAAUUUCUGGUUCGGUUUUGGCUUGGUUUAGGUCCUACCUCUCUGAUAGAACGCAAAUGGUCUCUGUCGAUGGCUGUCUCUCCGGCAGUGCUGAUUUGGUGUACGGAGUGCCACAGGGGUCCGUUUUGGGUCCGGUUCUAUUCAUAAUGUAUACCAGACCACUACUCCUCUUGCUCGGGAGGCAUGCUGUUGAGAACCAGUCAUUUGCAGAUGAUACACAGCUAUACAUGCAUACCCAUCCAUCUCUUGUCGAUUCCGCUGUCCAGACUUUGCGGGGGUGCAUUGAUGAUGUCAAGUCUUGGAUGACACUCAGCAAGUUGAAGCUUAAUGAUGACAAAACAGAAGCACUCCUCAUUUACAAUCACAAAUCAUCCUCUACCUCAACUCUUCCCACCUCAUUUCAAGUAGGUAACUCCGACAUACAGUUUACACCCUCUGCUAGGAAUCUUGGUUAUAUUCUUUCUAACAACAUGUCUCUCGAUAAACAUAUCUCUCACAUUUGUCGUUCGGCAUACACCGCCAUCCGUCAGAUCAGCUCCAUCCGCCACUACCUGACAGUUAGCGCAACAAAAACUCUAGUCUGUGCUCUUGUUCUCUCUCGUCUUGACUAUUGCAACUCACUUCUGUCAGGUUCACCGAAACAUUUUAUAGAAAAACUGCAGAAAGUUCAAAACUCUGCUGCUAGGCUUGUUCUUAAGGCAAAAAAACGCGAUCACGUCACUCCACUACUCCACUCACUACAUUGGCUCCCUAUACAGGCACGCAUUGACUACAAGCUGUCUCUUCUCUGUCACAACUUUUUCUCGGAUUCCUGCCCUUCCUAUCUAACUGAACUUCUUUCUGUCUAUUCACCCCUUCGACAACUUCGCUCCUCCGCAGACUCGCGUAUUCUGUCCGUUCCCAAGACACGCACUAAAUUAUAUGGUGAACGAUCUUUCUCUUUCUGCGCCCCCAAACAAUGGAAUUCUUUGCCACUACACAUCCGCAAUAUAACAACCACACAGGCCUUCAAAACUGCACUCAAAACACAUCUAUUUAAACUAUACUACUCUGACUGAUUCUCCUCCUAUAAACCGAUAAACGUACAUGGGUUUCCUUGUAAAAAUGUCUGGUGUGGGUGGAUGAAUAUACCUAUGGUGUUGUUUUGCUUAUAUGUUGUUUUUAUUUUUUAUUUAUGUAUUUUAUUUUAAUAUUAUGAUUAUGCCUCUUUGCUAUAUAUGUACAGCGCGGUGAGCCCAGCCCUAGGCCGGGGUACCGCGCUAUAUAAGACCACUUAUUAUUAUUAUUAUUAUUAUUAUUAGAAACACUUUUUCUUUUCCAACUUUGGCAUUACAGUUGCCAAUCACUAUCAAUAUUAUGUCAUGGUGCCUCAUCAUAAAUCUUUUCCAGUGUCACAUAAAAAGAUUCUUUUUGCAGAGAGACUUUUUAGGCAAAUAUCCAAUACUAAUUAAAACAUCUAGAGUUGCUUCUUAGCCUGGUUAACGUUUUCUGGUAUCCAUAGCUGAACCUGCUGAUAAAUUGGUGCAACCCUGCCCAUAAUCUUGCUCACCCCUACAUCACACACCACAAUGCAAGUCAUGUUAAAAAAUUGUAACAUCCUGUACAAUCUAAUUUGAUGCAAUUUUUGUCAGAAAUUUAUUGUUUCCACUUAGUGUGCAGCUAUAUUGAAUGCAAUUUAUGCUUUAAAACAGAAUGACAGACAGAGAAGAGAUAUUAUUUUUAUGAUGUAAACGGUGAGCCAUUAGAAACUCAUUAACAAUAAUGAAAUCAGAUUUAUUACUUAAGUUCAGCUUUUCAAUUAUUUUAGUUAAAAGUGUAUAGAGGUAACAAAGUUAACAUUGUGCCUGUUUUAAAAAAAAAAUAUUGGUUAGCUGGAGAGUUUACUUAAAUGUAUAAACUAAACACAUUUUGAUUUACAAUUUAUACAUAACCAUCACAAUCUCCUUUCCAGCAAUAACUUUAUCUUAGCUUAUCGUAAAGCUCUUCCUUAAAUUAUAUUGAUUGUAUUUGUAUUGAUUAAUGGCUGAUCACAAAGGAGCAAAUAGUUUUUAUUCAUAAUAGCAAGGAUAAUAAAAAAUGUCAUACGACUAUUUAUAGGCUAUGUUCUAAAUUCAAUUUUAUAUAUAGAAUUAUAAAACUAAUCCCAAAACUAAUGAGUUAUAUCAAAUAAGGAUUCAGCUAAUAAUUGAUUUUUUCUUGUAUAUGGCUGGUUUCUAAAUCUGAAAGUAAAGUAAAAUCAAUGUAUUCUUUGGCCUUUCUCUCUUUCUUUUUCCUUGUGGAUUCCAUGUUGGGGAUUGUCUGGUGAUGCUAUAUGGGGGUUUUGGAGAGUUUGCCCUGUUUACUUAAGAAAAAGAUGGAGGUAAAGUCUUCAUCAAUGGGCACCUGGUAUGUCCUUUCCAGUAGAUCUUUGUUGGUGAUGGUAUUUGGCCAUUUGAUGUUCAGGAUCUCUCUAAAGCAUGUGUUUAUGAAGGUCUGCACCUUUUGUGUAAUAUUCAGUUUUUUGUUCCAAGUUUCUGCUCCAUAUAAUAGGACUGUUUUGACAUUUGUUUUAAAGAUUCUGACCUUGGUUAGCAGCUUGAGCUCCUUCGACUCCCAUAUUUUACAAAAUUAUCUGAACAAGAUUUUAUUAUGGUUGCCAUGCAGAUGUGAUAUUCUAGAAGUUUUUUGGAUAGAUAUAGAUUCAAAUGGUUCAACAUCAGGCACCAAUGUAUUAAUUUGUUGGUGAUUUCAAGACUAUUGCCAAAUACAAACCAGUAAACGUAUGAAACUUGUGAAGAUGUUAGGCUAAAUUGAAAUCCAUUGGUGCUUAAAAAUCAAGCUAUUGAGUUUGUAUUAGGAGUGCUUCAAAAUGAGUCAGAUUGUCAUGAGAUGGCUAUCUUGAACAUAGAGAGUUCACAUAAGAAGUAGUCUUAUCUGAAUUAAGGCUCUUGGUAGUGUUAACAUAAUAUAACAUUUUAAGCACUGGAUGACGUUUCCUAAUACUUCUUAUGCUCCUCUCAGUGGUCUCAAUUUGAUAUUAUUGCUGCAAAAUUACCAGUCCACUUCAAAUGCUGUGUCCAGAUCCGGAGUGAAUGCAAUGGGUUGUCAUUUAUGGUGGAAGAGUCAUACUAAGGUGCCAUUAGCCCCUUUUCUCUGACAGAGUAGACCUUGAAACAAAGUGAGAAAUAGCAUUACGUUUCAUAAAAAUUGCUUUUAAUGAAGAAUUUGAUAGGGCAAUACAAUAUUCUUGUAAUGAGUGUGCAAACAAAACAUUGGUUAAGUUUGUUGGUCUAUACUCUUCUCAAUUCUUCAAAAUUUUUAAUUUGGAUACAACCUGCCUACAUGAAAAUAUUGGUAACUGGGGAAAACUCAGACUCAAUGUGUACAUUGAAAGACAGUUGCUAGAUCAUUCUUCUUUCUCUAUAUUUUGAGGGCCCACGAUCAAUGGAUUGAUCAUUCUGGCUCCUAUGUUUCUGAGGGGUUCGCGAUGUUACUGUGCAUGGUUUUCAAGGGGGUAAUUCACGGGUUUCAAGGGCUACUCGGCAAGUGUUUUAUGAACUGGGUUUGGAAGACAGGAAGCAAAAGCUGCAAAUGUGUCAAGUGUAGUCGCCUCAACUGUUGCUUUUGGGCGCAUGUUCCAGUCCCUUAUAAUAUUGUCUUUGGCAGGAAUGAGGAGCUCCUGUACUGAGUUCUUGUUUUUGUUAGCCGAAACUGCCUGUCUAGGGGGGAGAUGGACGAGUUUCUGUUUGAUGCUGGAGCAGUGGACCAGCCCAUUUUUUCACAUCUGUGAAUGACAUUUCAGAGAGAGAUUUAGCACUUGCAAGUACUUUAAGCACUUCAGUAACCAAGAAUGAGGCAUAAAAACAUCUUCUCCAUCAAAUUGUUGAAAACCACAGAAAACAUCCAAAACAUAUCAGAUUAGUGAUGUAAUCAGUAUUAACAAACCUUAUUUAUCAUAUUUGUAUCUGCAAGAGUAUUGUCCUAAACAUUACAGGAUAUGUUAAUAUAUUUUUAAAUGGGCUAUGUCAAACUUUAAGCCCUGAGGCAGUUCUCAGACUUAACUUUUCAUUUUGAAUAUUGUUUGUGUUAUUUGUUCACUAAAUGGAUUUUAAAAAUGUAAUUGCACUUAAAUGUUAUCAACUCACAAUUUUUUGAACCACUCCAAGCUUCUAUCCAUAAAGCUAGUGGCGCUCAAAUAUUUUUCUAUCUUCUAUUUCUCAUUACCCUUGUCUUAUUGAAAAUUCUUAAAAGUAUACGGCAAAGUAGUGAAUAUAUAGAACAAAAUAACAAAGGUUUGGUAGAAAAGCACUUCUUUGGUCACAAAAAUAAUAGAACAAAAUCAACUAAUUUUAAUAAGGGGGAUGGAUAAGCGGUGCAUCGCCCACACAUUUUCUCGUAACUGUCGUUGCUCAUUACAAUGAACCACUGCCUCAAAGUAUGAAAUGACUAGAUUUAACAAAUCUUCAUUUUGUGUUUCAUAAUAUGAAAAAAUUGUCUAUUUGCAAUUCAAAAUAUAUUUUCAGCAUUUUUUUUUUUCUUAGCUUAAAAAAUUGAAAUGUUUUUACUUAACUUUCAGGUGGUGGUGGAAAAAGGAAGGGUAAAAGCAAAAAAUGGAAGGAGAUACUUUCAUUCCCUCAUAUAUCCCAAUGUGCUGAUAUACGAAACAAAAUCAGUGAGUAUCAUAAUGGUAAUUCAAAUUUUUCAAAUUACUAACUUAAUAAACUACCAUUAAAAAUUAAUUUUUUUAUUAAUAGUUACCCUGAUUCACAUAAUUCAAAGGAUCAUGAUUAUAUGCUUAAUCCUUAAGUUUUCAUAAACAUUAUUUUUAGGCAGUUGCAAUUUCAGGCAACUUACUUAAAUUUGAAUACUUUUUUUAAAAAGUUAUUGAUAAAAAAAAAAUUGCAUUUAUUUUGUACAAUUUUUUUUAAAUUCCAGACCAAGACUUCAACUAUAUAUUUGACCAACAGCCAUUAGGACGACAUCUAUUUAUAGAGUUUUGCAACACCAAGGAACAGUAUCAACGGUCUAUUGGUUUCUUAAACGUUGUGGUAAACAUUUAAGUUAAAUUUGCUUUGCUUUAAGAAAUAGGCCAGUAAUGUAGAUGGAUUAUAUAGAUUUUUAUUUAAGAUAGUUUUUUCCAAAUAAGAAAAUUUUUAUUUGACAUUUUCAUUUUUAACAGCAGGAGUAUGAAAUAACACCUGAAGAAAAAAGACAUGUAAAAGCUGAGGAGAUAGUUGAGAAAUUUUUAAGGCCAGAUGUAAGUAUUAUCAUUUUAUUCCAAUAGUAUUAAUGCUCUAAAAAUAUAUUUAAAGAGAAACAGAAUGACCACCUUUAUUUAAUAAAACUUUUAUUAUUUUUUUUCAGUCUGAAAAUUAUGUCACCCAUGUCAAUGGGAAUCAAAUCUCAGAGAUUAAAGAUAUUAUGGGCCAGAAAAAGUCAUGUAAGGCCCUCUUUGAUGAUUGUGUCAAGUAAGUACUUUUUCAUAAUUUAUAAAUCAUACUCUUAAAAAGACUUCUUUGCUUUCGAAAUAUUAAAGAACCACAAUUUAGAUCAAAAGAUCAUUUUGUUUUUCACUUGUUACUAUCAAAUAAUGUAAGACACAGUAAUAUUCCUAUAAUUUUAUAAAAAAUUUAAUCCUACACAUUGUUUUAGAAAUUUUAUUUAACUAUUUAUAUACAUCCUUUCAAAAUAUUUUUAUUUUACUGCAGUCUAAACCUUGAUUGUUUAGACUCUGUAUUUGUGACCCAAAAUUUCUUGCCAUGGGUGCACAACUAAAUCAUGAAAAGGCUGAUCUUUCAAAGUUUAGAGAAUCUUCAGUUAACCAAUUUGAAAAAUAUGUAGUUAAAACUUACAAUUGAAGCAAAAAUAAUCAAGAUUGAUCCAUAAAAAAAUAACUUGAAUGCAUAAAUUUCAUUUAUUUUUUAAAGCUGGUUAAUUAAUUUAAUAGCACAUCAUUCUAGCAAUGUGAAUUUUGUGGUUUAAAAUGUGGCCAUGGUUAUUUUAUUUUCAAUUUUUUUUUAAGGUUUAAAUUGAUGCAUUUCAAGGUUUCCUUUAAUAUAAAUUGUUAUUAAAGGUUUUGCCUCCAUUUUUUAAAAUUGAGCAGUCAGUAUCUUUUGUCUUCUGCAGGUUAGUUCGAGAAUACUUAAGCAAAGAACCAUUUAAUGAUUUUUUAGAGAGUAUGUACUUCAAGCGGUUUAUGCAGUGGAAAUGGUUAGAAAGGUAUGAAUCUCAUUAAACUUAAUUGUAUCGACAAGCAUUGCCAGAAUGUCAAUAAAAUUUAGCAAUAUCAAUAAACUAAAAUUAUAUAAUAAAAGUUAAUCUGUUUUGGAAUACAUAUUAAAAUUUAACUAAAAAUGAUUACAAUGUUAAACUGUUUUGGUUUCUCUUUAACAGUCAACCUGUCACAAAGAAUACUUUUAGGAUGUAUCGUGUCUUAGGAAAAGGUGGUUUUGGAGAAGUGUGUGCAUGCCAAGUCAGAGCAACUGGGAAGAUGUAUGCCUGUAAGAAACUGGAGAAAAAAAGGAUCAAGAAACGAAAAGGCGAAGCUAUGGCUUUAAAUGAAAAGCUUAUUUUACAGAAAAUCAAUUCUAGAUUUGUGGUAUGCUUUUUUUUCUCUUUUCAUUUCUUAUAAAUAUGUAUUUUAAUAUUCUUCUUAAGAGUUUGUUGAAAUGUAUGGUUUUAAAAAAAAAAUGAUAAUUACAACAAAUUAUCUAAUGUCAAUAUUCAAUAUAUUACAAUUUCAGAAAUCCAGAUGUGCUUGUUAACUAUAAUUUAAUACGUUUAUUUAAAAUACUGACAAAUUUUUUAAAAUGCUUUCCUUUGUUUCACUUUAGGUAAGCCUAGCCUAUGCAUUUGAAACAAAAGAUGCGCUCUGCUUGGUUUUAACUAUAAUGAAUGGAGGUGAUCUUAAAUUUCAUAUUCACAACAUGGGAAAUCCUGGUUUUCCAGAAGAACGUGCCGUCUUCUAUGCAGCUGAGAUUACUUGUGGUUUAAAUGACUUGCACAAAGAGAGAAUUGUGUACAGGUGAGAUAAAAAUGGCGCUUAAAGGAAUUUUUAUUUAAAAUUUGCACUUUUAAACUAAGCAAUGUUUCUUGAUGCAUAUGUAUUUUUAGCCGUUAUAUGGCCUGGGAUGGCCAAAGCUUAGGUUUGUGUGCAGAAUAUUUUGUGCAUGUGUUUGUAACCAAUAAAUAAAUUUCAUCCAAUGCCAUUAGCUCAAAACAAUAUAUUUAUAGAGUGUUUUAUUUAUUUCAGAGACUUAAAACCAGAAAACAUUUUAUUAGAUGACAAUGGUAAGUUCAGAUUCAUUCUUUUAUUGACAGUACAUAGUUAAUGAUAGUAGUAAUAAUCUGAAAAUAGUGGGUCUUAUCUUGAUCAAUUGUUGGAAGUGCGACUUAUUUAAGAUUUCAUCUUUUUAAUAUUUUUUUUUUUAACUUGAGAAUUUAAUUUUUACCCUAUAAAUGUCAAAUGCAUUUUUCUGUAGCAUCAAGCUAUUUUUAGCAUUUUUAUAUGCUUGUCAAAAAUGACAAAAUCCCUUCCCUUACAAGUACAAAUUUUCUGAAAGUACAUUGGACAAGGUAUCUUAUGGUAUGGAAAGAAUUUAUAUUAUUUAUGUUGAUAUUGACCGAUACAGAGUGAGUACAAAAUUUUACUACUCAACUUAUGAAUUCAACCAAACCUAAUACUCCAAAAAUUGUUAAAACUAUCAUACAACCAAGUUUUUUUAGAUACGAGAAGCACUAUUCUUUCAGAAAACUCUAGGUACUUCUAUUGAAAAUUGUAAUAUGGGUGAAUUUUUUCAUUCACUACCUUCAAAUUUCUGUCAUGCAAAAUACAAGGGGGGAGGCACAAAAUGAGUUCUAAAAUUCCUUUUCAAUUAAAGUCAUUUAAUUCAUUUUUUAUUAAUUUAUUUUCCAGAGCGUAAAAAGUUAACACAAUCAUAAAUGACCAUGAAUCUCUUUGGGGUGGGUCUUUGGAAUCCAAUCUUGUCUUUUCUGUUCGAUUUUCACCCUUUCCCAAAUGAAUUUGUCUGUAAUAAUACAACUAUGACUAAGCUUAAGGACUAAAAUUGUCAACAUCUGACUCUUAUGUUGCCAUCUCCGCUAGGGCUAAUAGUGUCCAUACUAGCACAUGGAAUAUCUCUGAAAUUAUUGCUUUCAUUUUAAUCCCUUUUAAUAAUUUCAAUAAAGAAAUUCUGUGUUGAUUUUGCAAUCUAGAGGGUGACCCUCUGCAGCAUCAGGCAUUAUGGCGGUAAAAAACUGACAAAAUUUCACACACCAUUAAUCACAAAAAAAAUCCCUGAUAAAAGCAUGUUAACACAUAUUAAUGGGAUUAGGAAGCAGACUAAUUUAUAUAGAGUGAUUUCCAGUAUACGUUAAAUGAUUUGUAUUUUAAUGAUGAUUUUGCUAGCGUGCGCAGUGGUGACACCACAAGCGUGUAACGCCCAAUGAUUGGCUAUUAUGACAGUUAUAGGGAUAACGUUAUAAUAAUUUAUACAAACUCCUGCAUUUUUUAAAAUGUGCCACAAAAAUUCAAUCACUGUUUAUUUUAAAGGCAUACAAAAAGUAUUUACAUUUUUUCACAGGUCAUGUUAGAAUUUCAGAUUUGGGUUUAGCAGUAGAAAUCCCUGAGGGGGAGUCCAUACGAGGACGGGUUGGUACAGUUGGCUACAUGGGUAAGUCAACAUAUUUUUAAUUGUGAUAAAGGUAAUUUUAUUCAAUCAAGAUAACUUUCUGUAAUUUCAAGUUGGGCAUUAUAUUCAAUGGGUCGGCAUUAAUAUUCAAUGGGUCUGCCAGUAAUCAGGAAGUAAAUACCAGCAUCACUUGAGUAGCCUUAAAAUAGCAUACCCUUGAUGCCAAAAGCUGAUACAAAGUAAUUAAUUAUUUGAAACAAAACCACCUCUUAACUGUCCAUAUUUUAUUUUAUUGCCAACCCUUCCUUACUGAAGGCAGCAUUUACUGUUAAAAAUAAGAUAUUGAAACUUGUUUUUGCAAUUGUCUCCGUUUAAAUAUACAUUUUUUGAUGAGCUAUUUAAGUAAAAUAUACUGUAACUUAAACGAAGAUCUUUAAUAAGCAUACUUAUUAAAUUAUUAUUGAUUGCAGCUGCUAAGCAAUUUUCUAUAUUUAAAAAAAAAUGGAAUUGAUUUUCGUUCAAGAGUCAUAAUAUUUUAGCGAAAGGGAUUAAACGAUUCAUUAAUAAAAUGUUGUGUAAAUGCACAUUAAAUAAACUGUUUUGAAGUAAUUAGGUGAAGGGAUGUUGUUGUCGGGGUAUUUACAAGGGAUUGUGGGUGUUGUGCGGAUUGCAAGGUGGGUUGAACAUAUUUGAAGUAAUAUAAAUAUCUAUCUUUGAGACACCAAUCAUUUUAAACCCUGCAAUAGAGGAAAAGCAUGUAAAUGAUGCCAAAAUACAUUUUUUGUUGUUGUAAAUUUGAAUAUUUUCUUUACUUCUAUUUAAUUUUUAGCACCUGAAGUAGUAAAAAAUGAAAGAUAUACCUACAGUCCUGACUGGUGGGGUUUAGGGUGUAUAAUAUAUGAAAUGAUAGAAGGAAAGGUGAGUUUCCUUGAGUUUUGUAUUUUUAAGAAAGUUUUUCUGAAUUUACUGCCAUUUAAAGUUUGGAAACGUAACUUGGCAAAUGUUUUAUUAUCUAGAUAUUUAUAAAUUUAUUAAAUAGAACCAUGAAAAGAACUUCCCUUGAUGCGGAAUCUCGAAUAUUCUUUCAAGGCUCGUUAGUUAAUAUUUUUAUGAUCAAUUAAGAAUGAAUGGUUAAUUGUAGUAUUACAAUUACUCUCAUAAAAAUUUAAGCUUAUUUCAUUAUACAUGUCUCUGAUUGAAUUUUUAACUUUAAAAAAAAUAUAUUCAUAGGCUCCAUUUCGGGCUCGAAAAGAAAAAGUAAAACGUGAUGAAGUUGACAGACGCGUGAAAGAGGAUCAGGAAUUGUAUACUUCCAAGUUCUCAGACGAUUGCAGAAGCAUAUGCACAGAUGUAAUCUUUUAUUUUAUUUUGUUGUUUAGUUUAUUACUGUUCUAUGGUUGGUAGCUUGAAAUCAUGCAAGAAAUGUAUACAAUUGAAAUACCACUUAAGUCUUGCAUAAACUUUUUUUAAAAAUUUGUAUCCAAUCAUGCACAUUAAAUGUCAUUCACUCUACCUACCCUUUUAUCCAUCCUAAUUCAUUAUCCAUCCUGAUUCUCCGUCCAUCCUAAUUCUCCCCCUCUUUCUGUGUGUCUGACCUUCACAGCUUUCUACUUAAGGUCUCCUUAUCUUUUUCUCUUUUUGCUAGAACAUAUAAUGAUGAUUUUAAAAAAAAAAUAUUUAUGUUAAUCUCAACAGCUGUUACAAAAAUCCCCUUCAAAUAGACUUGGCUGUGGUGAUGAGGGGGGAGAGGAAGUGAAAUCUCAUCCUUUUUUCAGAAAUAUAAACUUUAAGAGAUUAGAAGCUGGAAUGGUGGACCCACCAUUUGUACCUGAUGUAAGUGAACUCAUUAUGUUUUCUUUUAACAUUACAUUAAAUUAGAUCAAAGUCAUAAAAAGUCAGAUUAGUACUUAACAACAUAAAAGUAAAAGGAAACUGCAUAAUAUAAAAAAAAUUGUUUAAUUGUGUAGCAUAAAUUUAUCAACACAAUUUUUCUUCUAAUUAUUCAUGGGCUAAAACACUAUCAAUGACAGACACUGAAUUGAAUCAUGAGAGAGAAAAUUUUAUUUCUUACUUUAUCUUAUUAAUUCCAAAAAAUAAAAGUUAUUUUUAAAAAAAUCUUACAGCCUAGGGCAGUCUAUUGCAAGGAUGUCCUAGAUAUUGAGCAGUUCUCUACUGUGAAAGGUGUCAAUCUUGAUGCCAGCGAUGAUUCAUUUUAUAGUAAAUUCAACACAGGCAGCGUAUCAAUACCAUGGCAAAACGAGGUGAUUAAUAGAUUUAGCAUGUAGAUUUGAGUAUUUUACGUUUUGUUAAUUUAUACUUGGAGUUAAAAAUCAAUCUGUAUUUAGGCCAGUAAUAAACUGGGGACAUAACAAUUUAAUGUGAGUUAUAUCUCUAAUGUUAAAAUUCACAGAUGAUUGAGACUGAGUGCUACAAAGAAUUAAAUCUGUUUGGGCCUAAUGGAGAGCCAACACCAGAUUUAAUCGAAGGUUUGCCACCACAACCACCUCAAAGAAGCUUCUUUGAUAAACUUUUUAGGAGAAGACGGGUAAAAAUACAAUUUAACACUUGCAAAAUAAUCUGAGCUAUUUAAUUGCUUGCAUUUAUAGUUAAACGUGGCAAAGGAAAC